GGCCUAACCUAAUUUUGAAGAUGAAGAAUUGAUAUUGAGAAGACUCAGGUCAUUCUUUCCCUUUCCACUUCAAAGUCACAGUUCCAGUAAUCAAUCAAACAUGGGGAUGCCAUUAAAAUCUUUAAUUCAGAUGACCACUGCAUCGGCAUCAGCACCUACCCAAGAACAUCGCACCGCCUUCCAGUGGGGUGGAACCGUCGCUGCCAUAAUUCUGUUAAUUGUUAACCGAACAGGGAGAAGGUCGUCAAAGCACACUUCACUUCUUGUCAUAUAUCUCUUCAUAUGUUUCCCAACAGCGCUCUUCAGGAUUCUCCGUGGGCAAUUCGGACGUUGGGUAGCCUUUCUUGCAGUUGCAGCUCACCUCUUCUUCCCUCGAGAUUUUCAUGCAUCUCGGUUUCCCUUAUUCGUCAUCAUUCCGGAUUGGCUGGCCAUUGAACUGCGUGAUAAUACCGUUGUUGGAGGUAUUCUUUGUCUGAUAAUUGGAGUAACACUUGUUAUAAUGGAGAUUGGACAGAUUGGACUUACUGACUGGAGAUGUAAUGUAGGGUGCUGGUUUUCUUUUAUUAUUUUAUCAUUGAUUUUCUAUUUCCCAAUAUUAUAUCUGUCUUCGGGAUCAAAAGCAAUCCCUAAAACCUAAAAACAAAUGGAUUUCUUCCGUGUGGUACUUUCGUGUUUUCGUCUAUGCUAUGCACAUUUGGUUUGAAAUGUGUUCUUUAGCCUUGUCAUUCUCCUUUGUUUUGAGCCUGUGAAACGACAUUUCCUUGUACCAUUUCCCUUCAUUUUAGACGGGUUUCUAUUU